CAGUACAGUGUAACUCAAAAGUUCUUUCAAUCUAAACAACGAUGAAGGUUCUGAUUGCUUUGGCGGUUCUGAGAGUGUGCUCAGCCCUCCCUGGUUACAUUGGAGGCUAUGGCCCUGGUGGCUUUGGGCAUGGUGAAGGCUAUGGUCAUGGGGGAGGCUACGGCUACGGUGGAGCUCCCCUUUACGACGGCAUAGUCGUAGACACUCCAGCUGUGGCAGCAGCAAAGGCCCAGUUCUUCAGGCAGUACAACCGACUGGCAGCUAAGGCUGCAGCUGCCCCUGAUAUCAAUGCUUACGGAUAUCCGAGUGGUUACGGCUCCGGAUGGUACUAAACACGAGGACACAGGAUGAAGAAGCGUCGCAAAGUUUAUGGUCACAAUGGUUUCGUCAUGAGUCACUUUACCCGUAUUUGUAAAUUAUUUAUAUUUUGACCCACGAAAUUUCACUGAUUAGGAAAUAAAUGAAAAAUAAG